AUGGAGCCUCGGGCCGCGGCGUUACCAUGGAAACACCUCAUCCACCUGACUCUGCUGCUGGUCCAUCUGAGUUCACCUGAAGUCAGAGCUUCCUGUCGGAUCCUGAGGUGUAACUCUGACUUUGUGGCUGCGACAUUGGACCUGGGCAGCGGCGGCGGCGGUGGAGGAGCAGCAGGAGGAGCAGCAGGAGGAGCAGCAGGAGGAGCAGCUCUCACCCGGGAGGCGGUGAACGCCGGUUACUGCAGCGCCCUGCGCUCCUACGCCAUGUGCACCAAGCGGAUGGCGCGGGCGUGUCGUGGUGACCUGGCGUACCACUCGGCGGUCCAGGGCAUCGAGGACCUGCUGAUCCAGCACCGCUGCCCGCGGGCCGGGCCCACCGCCCAGCCGCGGCCCCCCCAGGGCACGCUCGGGGACGCCUGCCUCUACGAGAGGAGCCUGUUCUCCAGAGAGGGCCGGGCGCCCGAGUACCUGCACUGCGGCGUGUUCGGAGACCCGCACGUCCGGACCUUCAACAACGACUUCCAGACGUGUGCCGUGCAGGCGUGGCCUCUCAUAGACAACGAGUACCUGUACGUGCAGGCCACCAGCGCGCCGGCAAGAGGAGGGACGCACGCCACCGCGCUCACCAAGAUCACCGUCAUCUUUAAGAACUGGCGUCAGUGCAUCGACCAGCAGCUCUACCAGGCCGAGCUCGACAACGUCCCGGCUGCGUUCGCCGACGGCUCGGUGUCGAGCGGCGAGCGGCGAGGUCACCACAGCCUGACGGUCCGGACUCAGAGCCCCGGGCGGCAUGCAGAGAUCCGGGCGGCUCACAUCGGCACGCUGCUGGUGGUCCGGCAGAGCGGGCGCUCGCUCGGCCUGUCGGUCCGCUCGCCGCGCGGCAUCGUGGAGGCCUUCGGGCCGGAUCAGGACCUCCAGCUGUGUGGGGGUUGCCCCGCCUCCCAGAAACUCAACACGCUCCGCCCACCGCCGCCGCCGGCAGACUCCUUCUCCGCCGCCGGUGCACGGGCUCACUGCGCCGCGCUGCUUCCCGCCAGAGACGUCUACUACCAGGCCUGCGUGUUCGACCUGAUCACCAGCGGAGACCUGAACUCCAGUGCGGCGGCCGUCGGCGCGCUGCAGGACGCCAGAAUCAUGAUCUCCGACCCGCAGAGAGUCCACCUGCCGCCGGUCGCCGCCGCCGCCGAGCCGCACCGAGCACCACGAGGCCCGAUGCUGCUGCUGCUGCUCGGCAUGCUGGGAACUCUGACCACAGAGCUGUCUAGCAUGUGA